AGUGAAGUUCUUGCUGGGUUUACGGAGCCGGUCUGAAGUUGUGAAGCUUGCUAAUCACGAUGGCCGGAACUGUCUGCAUAUAGCAGCACUAUUAAACAACUUAAAUCUAUGUCAGCUGCUGCUUGAUUCUGGGGCAGAUGUCAAUGCUAUUAUGAGACACAAGGGUAAAUAUUACACUCCUCUGGAUGUUGCCACUUUGAAGGGUCACAAGGAAGUGGAGCUGCAUUUGAUCUAUAACGGUGGCAGAACAGGAUGCUUCAUCACAAACGAUGCCGCCAUCAUCAUUCAGAGAAACUUCAAACUCAGAAAGAAGUUUCUGAGGCCAAAUUCCCCGAAGGUUCGUGUCCGGUUGACCACACCAACUCCUGUGAAUGAUUCCGAGCAGGAGCAAGAUAAAAACGGUGACAAUAACAAUGACUCUGGUAAAAUAGAAGAUAAAAGAGAAUCCAAAGACAGUGCUUCUUCACACAUUUGUCAUAACAGUGUUCACGUUGUAAUUAAUUUACCUGAUCAGAAGCAAGACCUUGAUGAAGAAUCAGACAAUAAAAAUAACAGUAAAAGAGACAAUAAAAAUUACAGUAAAAUAGACAAUAAAAAUUAUGACAAAACGGACAAUAAAAUUGACAAUGACACAGCCUUUAAAAACUUUGAUGAAACGGACCAUAAAAGCAAGAAUGGUUACGCAUAUGUUCCGUCAAGACUAGUGAGAAAUGAUACAAAUAAAGGCUGUGGUUGUAUGUGUGUUCCCUCCAAACCUGCAGGAAGCAGCACAGACAAACCUGGUAAACAUCCAAACAAAACCAGCAUGGGUACGCAGCCAACAAAACAACGAGCUGAAGUUAAGUUUGAAAAUUCCCCCAGACACCAGACGACAGAUCACAGAAUGACCAUAAAUAAGGAAAACAAUUCUGAGAAACAGCAUCAACAAAAGCAGCAGCAGCAUCAACAUCAGCAGCAGCACCACUACAAGCAGCAGCAGCACCAGCUUCAACAGCAGCAGAAGCAGCAACAGUAUCAUCAGCAGCAACAAGCUUAUUCCAAACCUGUUUCUAUGCAGAAUGGCUACAUCAAAGGGGAUGUUAACAGAAAUGCUGUCCCAGAGGGUAAGAGUCAUCAGACAGAGUUAAGUCUCCACAUCAAGAAGCCGCUACUGAGGAUGGGCAAGAGCCGGCGAGACAUCGCGUCCGAUGUCCAGGCGAGCGUGCGGCGGUUCGAGGUGGAGCGGCAGGCCGUGCGCGACUACCACCAGCUCAAGAGGGCCCAGAUGUACACGGGACCUCUGUACGACAUCGAGCUGGUCAACAAGAUGGUCGAUAAGUAUCACACGGAGGAUCUACAUUCAAAUGCAUACCAGAGUAGUGGUCACAGUGAAAAGAACUUUUCAGAAACAAGUGAAUCUAUGAAUGACCAUCAAAAGAAUCCGGACGAAAUCUCUCAAGACAUGACCAGCUUAAGUGACCAUCAAGAAGAAAAAGAUAUGAAAAAGACAAAGUCUGACAAGAAGUUGGAGAUGAUAGUGUCACGCACGGAGGAUCUGUUUAACAAUCUGAACAAGCGUGUGAGUGGUACGCUGGAGAGAGCAAAAACCACCAACAGCCGACUCCGGGAAAGUCUCUCCAGUGACAAGGCUAACAGGAUGAUAGCUCAGGACAAAAAAGAAAAAAUACAAGAACAGAGAAACCAGAAAUACAAUGAAUGGCGUAAACAGAAGGCUGAAGAGUUACAUCAGAGGUUGAUGAAGGCGUACAAACCAAGCUAUUCGCGUCAGCAGUUCUCAGUUUCUAGGGGGAGUAGUCGAAGUAAACGAAGUGACUCUCCGAGUCGCACGAGUGGUUCAACCUCCAGACCUCCGACAACUCAGUCCUACCACUCGAUGCCUGUGGCGAUGCCACGGUACUCCAGCACCACGUAUUCUCAAAGACAGCGAGCCUGCAGCGCUAACCCCGAGUCGUACACCACCAUCAUGACUCGCUACGGACUCCGCACAAUCAGAAAAGAUUCCGAGCCAAAAGUGUCCUGGAGUUGCAACUCAAGAGACGCUCGUACAAAACAGGGCCUUGUGUUUUUGCCACCGGAUGCUUACGAAGAAAAAGUAAAGCAGGACAAGAAGAAACGGGAAGAAAUGAUUCAGGAACAGGAACUGGGACAGUCGACAGUAUAGUCCAUGUGUUAAAAAAACAAACACACAAUGACUUCGUAUCCAAAUAGACAGUUUAUACAUUUGAAAAACACUUGUGUCAUAUUCAUUGUUUGGGGAGAUGUGGAUAAAAACACCAGAAAUGAAAAAAAAAUAUCAUUUAUUCAUGUUUUUAAAAAAAUUCAAUUUUUCCAAAUUAAAUGCAAGUGCUAGCUGUGUUUGUGUACUUGUGCUAGUUAAAAUCAUUACCACAGUGCUGAGCCCAAUUUCACAAAACACUAAGCCUGGUUUUACACUUAAACAUAAAUCUACGACUAAACCGCAGUUUUUAUUACUAUUAUAGUACAACAAAUAUAGUUAAAAGUAAAAUGCUCCAUCUUCUGUAAUGCGAGUGUGAUAUAUUUUAACAUGCUCCUAUACCACUAAGGUUUUGAGCAUGUCUGUCACUGGAUCCCGUCUCUAGAUAGCCAGAAGCCUGAUCCGGGACAGAUAAUGUAACGACGUAAAUUUCUUUGUGAAAUAGAUGCCAAACACGUGUAAAUGUAUGCUCGGUAUAACUGCUAGUCGCAGACGUAAACUUACGAUGUUUUGUGAAAUAGGCUCCAGAUAUACAGCACUGGGACUGAUAUGACAAAACACUGAUUUUGAAGAGGUUGUACCGAGGGAAAGAGGGACAGAAGCAGGUGCAGACCAAAACAUGACCUUGUUCAUUUAAAAUUACCCGUUUUUUGUUUAGCUGGAGAAGACAACCCUGGUUCUUUUUAUAUUUUAUUUUGAACCCCCCCCCCCCCCCCCCCCCCCCCCCCCCCAUAUUUUGGGCUACAUACUGCCCUGCAGUAACGUGUCAACAAUUUAAUGAAUUACAUUUUAGCCAUUGACAAUUUUAUACACAAUAGAGCUCGAAAUAGCAGCCUGCAAAAAGCAGUCCAUUUUUCAGAUCUAACAGGUGAAACAGAAACUCACCUGAUAAAACCACCAAAACAUUGCAGGUAGUUUUUCAAGAGAGAUGUUGGUAUGAUUAUUUCAUCAUCUACAUGUAUUUAGUUUGUCAUUCUGUUUUCUUCCAUCCCUAGCCAUGCAAGACAGGCUUAUUCCAUGACAUCAACCCAUGCAGAAUAAAUCGGUCUUGCAUGACCAUGUGACUUCUAUUAUUGCGACUUUUAUUGGGUGACAUCACGUAAACGGCAAAAUAACGCAAGAAAUGCUUUUUAUAUUUCAUAAAAACAAGGAAACCUGCUGUCAUAAUGAAAUUAUACUAUCAUUUUCAGUUUAUACUUUUAGUAUAAACCAUUUUGAGGUACAAGCUUUUCAGUGGUUAUGAAUAUUUUAUUGUAAGAUAAAAAAUAAAAAAUGUAGGUUUUUCACGUUUUCCCCAAAAAUGCUUAUUUUUCAUCUACUGGAUGGGAGAAAAAUAAUCCUCCAUUAUGUAUCCAUGUGGGACAGGGCUAUUCCACUCUCGGGUACAUAAUAUGAUGUCAGGAAUUCGGCAAACCUCAUCCCUGACAACAAAUUAUUUACCCUCGGUUGGAAUAGCCCUGUCCCACAUGGACACAUAUGAAGGAUUCUUUUAAUAUUUUGAUUCCACAAUGCUCUGAACUACAUCUCAGAGGUUCUAAUUGUUUUACUCUGCCUUCUGCAUCCCAAAUUCUUCCCUUAUUCCAUGCUCUGCAUCCCAAAUCGUUCCCUUAUCCCAUGCUCUGCAUAUCAAAUCCUUCCCUUAUCCCACGCUCUGCAUCCCAAAUCCUUCCCUUAUCCCAUGCUCUGCAUCCCAAAUCCUUCCCUUAUCCCAUGCUCUGCAUAUCAAAUCCUUCCCUUGUCCCACGCUCUGCAUCCCAAAUCCUUCCCUUAUCCCAUGCUCUGCAUCCCAAAUCCUUCCCUUAUCCCAUGCUCUGCAUAUCAAAUCCUUCCCUUAUCCCAUGCUCUGCAUCCCAAAUCCUUCCCUUAUCCCAUGCUCUACAUAUCAAAUCCUUCCCUUAUCCCAUGCUCUGCAUCCCAAAUCCUUCCCUCGUCCCAUGCUCUGCAUCCCAAAUCCUUCCCUCAUCCCAUGAUCUGCAUCCCAAAUCCUUCCCUCGUCCCAUGCUCUGCAUCCUAAAUCCUUCCCUCGUCCCAUGCUCUGCAUCCAAAAUCCUUCCCUCAUGUUCACAGUCUGAAUCCUGUACCAUGUGUCAAAUAAAACAAGAUAUACAGUUAUUUUCAUGUUCACAGUCUGAAUCCUGUACCAUGUGUCAAAUAAAACAAGGGUAGACAACCAGAACUACAGUGUAGUUAUGUCCACUUCUUGUAAAAAUGAGAAUAGUCCACCAUUUGGCUUUUGUUUUCAUUGUGAGUUUUUUUUCUCUCAUUUGUAUGGGAUAUUUGGGGGGUUUUAAUUUUUAGGGGUGUGGAGGAUAUGCAUAUAAUAGCAGAUAUGCAAAGCCGUAUAAUUAAACAAAAAAUAACAUGGUAUUAUUCACUUUAGAAAAAAAUGAAAUUUUGUUUUCUGAAAACCUUGGACCAAAUUUACAAAGCUUGCUUUUGACUUACACUCGUGUAACUACAUAUAUUUACAAUGCUUAAACACCUGCGUUUAAACAAAACAGGCUUUGUAAAAAUUUGGCUCCAUUUCUUUGGACUUACCCACUUCUUGUUGUCAACCCUCAAUAAUAUAAUUAACAAAUUGUGGUUAUAUUUAUUUUGUACAAAGCCAAAAGAUGGUUUCACAAUUGUUGAUAUUAUGAAAUGUUGGUCUUUCAAGACAGGUCACUGCGUAAUAAAAGAUGUUUCCUUAACAGGUUUUUCAUACGAGGGAAUUUACUACAAGUUAUUCAUUCCUGAGCCAAUUGUUUUCUAAAUUGCACACAAAAACAGUACUUUUUUUUUUUUCUUUUUUAAAUUGUAGGAGGAUGGGAUGGACUAUAGCUAUGUUUCUCAUUUGGAGUUCUGUAUACAUUGAGUCCAAUAACAGCUUGACAGUUCUAGGUCACUGUGUGUACCGAUACAUGAAGGUGAUAAAACUCACUUAAUUUAAGUAAUUUCCACAAUAACAAUCACAGCUGAUUAUGGAGUCCUAUUUCUUCUCAUUUCUGUAAUUAACAAAUAAGUUGCAGAAAGUAUGAAUCUGUGAUAUGGUUAAUGUAUAGACAUGUAUACAUGUAUGUGAUGUUAAUUUUUAUUAUUGUUAAAUAUGUGAUCAGAGUAUUGUACUUAUUAAACAAAACUUUUGAUAGAUUUAUAAAGUAAUGAACUUU